CGUCCUUGUCGAACCUCCAGCAAUAAUGCACAUUGACGCAUCACCCCACCAUUGUAGGGGAGCCCCGCUGCCACCCACAUUGGCACAUCCCACGAGGAUGCCAUGCCUGUGCCUGCCGGCCCACCACCCUUGACUACCUACCUACUCAGGUACUCACACCUGAACCUCCUCCUUCAUCGCCAUCGGCCCUUCCACCAUCAAUCACCUAUGAGUUAAUAUAGAUAAAACCUUCAUCCCUCGACCCUAUACAACCUCUUAAUUAAAUCGAUGCCGUCGCACCCAUGGCACAGGGCUACAAAAGGUCGCAACGGCCACCAAGGCGACUACGACCGCUUACCCAUCGACGAGAAAGAAUCGCUAUCCCCUUCCAAGUACCGCAGCAACAGCAGUAGUCGACCGCGUAUCUACAACUGCGCACUCUUUCUCGGCGCAUUUGCUGCCAUUUUUGCCAUCUAUGAGGUCGCCAGCACCCUCGCCGGCCCUCAUCACUCCUCCAAUAAGUCCUGCGACACCAUCGACGAAGGCUACCGCUGCAGCCCGAAGACUACACAUUUCUGGGGCCAGUAUGCGCUAUGGUUCUCGGUCCCCUCUGAGGUCGACGUGAAGCCACCGAAGGGCUGCGACGUCACUUUCGCAUCCGUUCUGUCUCGCCAUGGGGGCCGUGAUCCCACGCUCAGCAAAACCAUUGCGUACGCGCUUCUGAUCGCCGAGAUCCAGACGUCAGCCACCCGAUACCCUGGCGAAUUCGAAUUUCUGAGGAACUACAAUUAUACCUUGGGCGCGGAUCAAUUGACCGAUGCGGGGAGGCAAGAAAUGGUGAAUUCGGGCGCGCACUUCCACCGGAGGUACUCAUCCCUCGUUGCCGCGAACCCGCCUUUUGUUCGCUCCGCUGGGCAGGCCCGUGUGGUCGAGUCCGCAGAGAGGUGGUUGGAUGGCUUCGCGCAAGCCGGGAACAAUAAGGAACCCGGCAAGGUGGAUGUCUCGAUCCCUGAGGGACCCGGAUCAAACAACACGCUCUCACACGAGCUGUGCAAGAAAUUCGAAGAAGGACCACUGGAUCGUAUCGGAGACAAGGCCCAAGAGAUCUGGCUCUCUAACUUUGUGCCCGCGAUCCAAUCUCGUAUCAAUUCCGAGCUCGGCACCAAGCUCACCUCCACCAAUAUAAUCUAUCUCAUGGACAUGUGUCCCUUCGACACUCUUGCGUCGCCGACCGCCCAGGUUUCUCCCUUCUGCCGCCUGUUCACCGAGGAUGAGUGGCAUCAGUACGACUACUACGAGUCAUUGGGCAAAUAUUACGGAUACGGGAACGGCAACCCACUCGGUCCAACCCAAGGCGUGGGCUACGUCAACGAGCUCAUCGCCCGCUUGACAGGGAAAGCAGUGGAGGAUCACACAAAUACCAACCAGACUCUCGACUCGGACCCAAAAACGUUUCCACUUGAUCGAAAGGUCUACGCCGACUUCUCCCACGACAACGAUAUGACCGCCAUCUUCGCAACGCUUGGCCUUUACAAUUCCACGAAGCCGCUCUCCAAUGCCACGAUCCAGUCAAUCGAGGAGACCAAAGGCUAUUCGGCUGCAUGGACUGUGCCAUUUGCCGCCAGGAUGUACGUUGAGAAGCUCUCCUGUCACGCAGAUGAGGAGGAGUUCGUCCGCAUCAUCGUGAACGAUCGCGUGAUGCCUCUUGAGUUCUGCGGCGCGGACAAGGAUCACAAAUGCAAGCUGAGCAAGUUUGUAGAAUCUCAGAGCUUCGCCAGGGGCGGUGGCCACUGGGAUAAAUGUUUCAUUAGUUGAGUUUGUAUAGAUGAUGGGGAUUGCACAGUUAGCAGGGUUGGCAAUUCAUUAUAGAACUUCAUGAUAUCUUUGUCUAUUCUGUUUUUGAUGUUGGUUUUUUUCAUGUCAUCAGUCAUUGGUGUUGUAUACCUAUAGCACCGUA